CAAUAUGGCGGCGCCCAGCACAGGCAUGGGUUCUGUGUAGGGAAAGUGCCGGAGCAGAUUAUUUAGAGACUGGUAUGUGUAGUCGGCUGUUUAAAUAGGAUAACAUGAAACGCAAGGCGCAGGGCCGCCGUGGCCCCGAACAGAUGAAAAAGUUAAGGUUAUCAGUUCAGGAGUUUGUGGAGAAAUCUGGGGGUAACGCUCCGGUACCAGAGCCUGGGAGUGAGGGACCCCCGGGCGGGAGGGUGAAGAGCCGCAAGGAGUUAAGGAAGGAGAAACGGAAGUCCAAGAAGAUGAGGAAGAAACAGUAUUAUGAGCGCAGGCACUUGGGGACCCCUGGGGAGCAGGUGUCAGCUGAAGGGGUUAAGCCUGCGGACCCUAAAAAGGAGCAGCCCAAGGAGGAUAAGAAGGUGACCAAAGAGGUGAAAAAGCCACAGCCGGUUCAAAAAGAACCCAAAAAGAAAAAGAUUAGCAAGGAAGAGUUGAGGAGGAAAGCUCUGCUGGAGGCCAAUGAGAAGGAGGAGAAAGAGAUCAAGCGGUUGGAGAAGAGCCUUAGAAUGAACAAAAGGAAAAAUAAAAGUACUUUACCCCAGUCAUUCACACAGGAUGGGCUGGAUUACAUUUUGGGGGCUCUGGAGCCCGGAGGCUCCGUGUCUGGUUUAUAUGAAGAGGAGGACGAAGAGGCCAACACUGCAGACAAAAUACACAAACUGUCAGAGAAUGCGUAUGAUGGAGACUCAGCAGAAGAUGAUGAUAAUGAUGACGAGAUCAUUCAGGGCCUUGAGGGGGGGGAGUCAUCUGAGGACAAUGGAUCCAUGGCCAUUGAAUCAGGAGAAGAAGAAGAAGACAUGAACCAGGAGUCAGAUGGUGAAGCUAAAGAGGAGGAAAAUGAAGGCUCUGAUGAGGACCCUGAUAUUACUCAGGGAUCAGACGGUGAGCAAGAGACUCAAAAGAGCGCAGAAGGUGCUGGCAAUAAGUAUGUCCCUCCCCACCUGAGACAGUCUUCCGAAUCCAUGGAUGCCAAAAGAAAGGAAGAACUAGAGAGGCUGAAAAAGAGCGUGAAGGGUUUGAUGAACAGACUUAGUGAACCGAACAUGGCGUCUAUCUGUGGCCAGAUGGAGGAGUUAUAUAUGGCCAACAGUCGAAAGGACAUGAAUGAAACUCUGACGGAUGUCCUUCUGAAUGCCUGCAUCACCCCGGCCAGAAUGCCGGACCGCCUGAUGAUGGAGCACGUGCUUCUGGUCAGCGUCCUGCAUCACACAGUAGGGAUUGAGGUAGGGGCUCAUGUUCUGGAAUCUGUCGUUAAACGGUUUGACGAACUCUAUCAAGAAAAUACAGAAGGGAAAGAAUGCGACAACCUGAUCUCCUUCGUUGGGCACCUCUACAACUUCCACGUGAUCGGGUCCGGCCUCGUGUUUGACUUGCUGAAGAAGUUUGUGGUAGCGUUUACGGAGCGGGAUGUAGACUGGGUCCUGCUCUUGCUGAAGAACGUAGGCUUUUCGUUGAGGAAAGACGACGCUUUGGCCUUAAAGGAACUGAUAAGCGAGGCUCAGACUAAGGCCAAUGACGCCAGCAAGAAGUUCCAGGAUCAGACGCGGGCUCGGUUUUUGCUGGAUACGAUGCUCGCCCUAAAGAACAACGACAUGCGCAAAAUCCCUGGCUAUGACCCGGAGCCGGUGGAGAAACUGAGGAAAUUGAUGCGCUCCUUGGUACACAGCAGUGCAUCCGGCAGCGACCCGCGCCUUCGAGUCUCGCUGGAUAACAUUCUGGAUGCAGACAAAGUUGGACGAUGGUGGAUUGUUGGAUCUUCGUGGAGUGGGGCGCCAAUGAUUGGCUCUUCUGCAGCUAAGCCUCAGCAACUCCCUAUUGGAAAGGUAAGCGCAAAAAUCAUGGAGCUGGCACGGAAGCAGAGGAUGAACACGGACAUCCGGAGGAAUAUCUUUUGUGUUCUGAUGACUAGUGAAGACUACCUAGAUGCCUUUGAGAAAUUACUGAAACUUGGACUAAAGGACCACCAGGAAAGAGAAAUUGUUCACGUCCUCAUCGACUGCUGCCUACAGGAGAAGGUUUUUAACCCUUUCUACGCCUUUCUAUCUAGCAAGUUCUGCGAAUAUGACCGGCGUUUUCAGAUGACAUUCCAGUUCAGCAUGUGGGAUAAGUUUAAAGAUUUGGAAAGCCUGUCCGCCACGACAUUUGCGAACUUGGUUAAUCUUCUGAGUCACCUCAUUAAAAGCAAAUCCCUCCCGCUUUCUGUUUUCAAGGUCAUAGAGUUUAGCGAGCUGGAUAAGAUCAGAGUGUCUUUCCUGCGUCUCAUUCUGUACAAGCUGUUGAUGGAGACAGAAGAAGAAGACUUGGCCCAGAUAUUUGGAAAGGCGUCUGAGAAUACCAAGCUCGGAAUGCUGCGUGAGGGGUUAAAACUUUUCAUUACCCACUUCUUGCUGAAGAAUAUUCGGGCUCAGAAAAGCGCAGAAGAAGCCGAUUUGCUCAGUCAGAGGGCAGACUUGGCCGUGAAGGCUUUACAGGCCAAAGAGAACAAGUUGCGGCUAUAAAGCUAUAAACUCUUACAAAAUGUUGCCCAAUAUGCAAAUGAGUUGCGCUUUCUUGUAGUAAUUUGCAUAAGGUGCCACAGGGUG